AAAAUGGCGCAGACAGAAUGCAAGAAAUAUGUUACGUGUCCUAUGUGUAAAGGUGCAGGUAAGUCUGCAACGUGCACAGCAAUGGAAAAGGCUUCUGUAUCUAUUCAGCAUGAGAAUAUAAAUCCAACGCAAUUUGUAAGAACACGGUUUAUCGAAACGAUGUAUUCAGGGGCUUCGGGAGAUCCACGAUUAUCCGAUGGCAAACAUUCCAAGGAUGUUAAUCCUACGACCCAUUAUGGAGAUUAUGCAGCUCUGCUAGAGGAUGAUUAUAUAGGAACACCAGAGGAAGCUGCGAAUCUACAAGAAACACUUAAACACGCGCUCCAAAGUUUAAAGCAGGAUCAAUGGCAGAGCACUAUACCAGCUCUAAUAAAGCUCAUGCAUAUUUCUAGAAUUCAGCCGGAAUUGUUGGACUCUAGUAUGCCUCGCAUAUAUCGAAGUUUGUGCAGUUUACUGAAGAAUACGAGACCUCAUGUCGUCAGGACUGUCUGCCAAGUGGCGAUGGAAUUAUACAAGACAGUCCAGUGUACGCAAAGACCUGAGUUUGAUGAACUUGUAUCUAUGUUACUUUUAAAAAGUACGCACACGAACAAGGGGAUUCGAAAUGAUGCUCAACGUGCCCUGGAUUCUAUGGUGACACAUUUGCCUCCUGGAAUUUGUAUCCGGAUAUUAACCAAUGAACAUGGAACCAGUCACAAGAAUCCAUUAAUAAGAGCGACCAUAAGUCGAUUGCUUUAUAAUAUUAUUAACAUUAUUGGAGUGGAAUGUUUAUUGUUAAACCCAAGUCUUAAGGAUUGUCGCCGAAAGAUAUUUACAAUGUGUGCCAAAUUUCUCCUCGAUGGUAAUAAUGAAACAAGGAAUGAUGCGAAAAAAGCGCUGAAAGCGAUGAUGGGUCAUCAAGACUUUGAGACUCUUUUUUAUCAGGAUGUAGAUUGCAAGAUUAUUAGCAACAUAGAGAAACAAUUAAUAUGUUUAAAGUAUAGUCAGAUUCAUAGCGUGUAACAGUAUUCAUUAUUGUCCCAAUACAAUAUAAUAAUGUGAUAUUUAUUAAUAUUCAUUUCUUUCUUGUGUAAUAAUAUUUCAGUAAUAAAUCACGUUGCGUGUGUGUGAUUAUAUAA